CCGUUGAUGCGUAGGGAUCGUCACCCCGCCCCACCCAUAAUGGUGUGGCCGUAAGUCUUGCUCAUUGCAUUCUCUCCCCCUAGUUCGACGACCAACAUCACGUUUAUAAACAGUUGGUGGGGGCAAACACCUCUCCGAUUAAAAUGUGCGGCGCAAAACGAUGUGGUCCUGAAGGAACUGGUUGAUGUGUGCGCCGAGCUUACCCAUGUUAGACGAAGCGAAUUCACAUAGAGUUCUACAAUUAAGUAAGGUGGAAGAUAUUAUCAUUUUGAUUUAUUAUUAUUUAUUUUUUUAACACCGGAGUUUAUUGAAAGCCACCUGUCAAAGGAAAAGGGUGUGGUACGCAGAGCAUCACGUGCAUUAAAUGCAAUCACAUGACAGCGGCCAGAGAAGCUAAAGCUAAAGCUAAGCUAAGCUAAGCUAAGCUAAAGAAAAUGGCUGCAACGGGUGAUGAGGCCGCUGCGAUGGAUAGCAUAUCGAGGGUGUCUACGGCGCCGAAUGUCGCUGGAGAUCCCGGAGCCCAAGCUGAAGGCUCGGAGAGUGCAGCGGAAACCUUGCUGACGGUGCCAAAAAAACACAGCACCAAUAGUGAUGGUGGUGUCGAGACGGCAGAGGAGGCAGUGGAACCUGCAGAGCCCGACAUUAACGAGCUAUGCACUGAUAUGUUUGAGAAGAUGGCCAUCUUCCUGCAGGGAGAACUCACAGCCACCUGUGAGGACUACCGUCUGUUGGAGAACAUGAACAAGCUGACAAGUCUGAAGUACAUGGAAAUGAAGGACAUCAGUAUAAACAUAAGCCGCAACCUGCAGGACCUCAACAAUAAGUAUGCCAGCUUGCAGCCCUACUUGGACCAGAUAAAUCAGAUUGAAGAACAGAAGCCAAAUUCAAAAAACUGGAGAAGCGAUGAGGAGGAAUGAACAUUAUGGUGCCUUUCUCACCCUCUCUCUGCUUUGCCUUCUCUCACCCUGCUUGUGGAACCUAGAGCUGGGGGGAGGAUGUGAACAUAGACUGAAACAACAAACAACCAGACCCACUUUGACACCCAGACAUGAUUGAGGAAACUGUUUCUCCUGCAUGAAUUAUUACUCAAGUUCUCACAUGUGACUUACAGCAGAUCCCUAAUUAGUUUUCACAAUGUGAUAGGUAAUCUAGUUGUGUACAUAUAUACAACACAGAUUCAACUUUCUCUUGGGUAAACUUUAGAUGGAAUAAAUCCAGAUAUUGGCAUAUUUAUUCUAAAUGUGAUGGUGUGCUUAUGCAUCCACCUCAUAAACAACCAGUACAAAACAGUUAGACGGGUCACCAAUUAACACAUUAUCUAAAACCUAGAGAAGCAUUGCAAACAAUUUGUACAGUAAUUAAGUAUGCUUAAAAAUAUCUUGUUGCUGGAAACAUUCCAGGAGUUAUUAAUCUGUUGUUAUUUCUCCUGUUCAACCUUUUGUCUCAUCUAGAAUAGGGAACUGCUAAAUAUGUCAAGUCAUCCUCAUGAUUAGUGAGGGAAUGAUAAAGGUGGGCUGACUGCAGGUACUGUUCUAGUUUCACAUGUACAGUGGGAAUGUGUGUUACGUCUUACUUCCGGUUUCUCUGCAGCUGGGUAGUGAACACACUAUUGUUUUACUUACUCCUUUUUUUUUGUUCGUUGUUUUUUUUUGUUAUUAUAACAGCUCCUGAGUAAAAGGUAGCUGAAAACCCACACUGUUUUCUAUGGGAUGAGUUUUAAAUCCUGUUUGAGCGAUAACGAGAGAACUCAUUGAUAUUUAUUAUGAAUACAAACGUUUCAUAUCUCUGAUGGCAAGUCACCACUUAACAACAAAAAACAAAAAACAAAAACAAACGUUGAAUGCUUUUGAAACGAACCUUGUUGUGCCCCUCUGUCACUGCAUGACUACUUCCGGGGCAAUGGACGAGGACCGUGUCCCUGGCCUGGCCCGCUGCCAGCAGAUGGCAGCCCUGCCUCGUGUUUUUUUAAUGUCAAGGUCUAGUCCAGAAUGUCGUAGUUUGGCGACAAGAAGAAAAGAAGGUGUUGUUGAAUAUUUGUGAUACUGGGUAGUCCAAAUGCUAUAGUGCUUUUCAAAAAAAAAAAAAAAAGAACCUCAGGUUUGAAGGUGAACCGGACAGAGAGAAAUAAAAA